AUGGUCGUCUUAUACAGCAGUCUUCGUGCUUCCGCACGCACCCUCCCAACAAGCUUAAGCUCCCGCCUCAUCCACGUCACUUCCGCGGCGGCGAUCGAGACCCCGUCUGGUCGCGACCCUCGCCUCUCGCAAGGCAGCGUCAGCAAGACGAAGCAUGAGCAUCCCGGUGACCCACAUGACCAAAGCGCUCGGUCAGGCCAGCGCACCAGGGGUCAGACGCAGUCGUCGAGCCCAUACGACGCCGCCAACCCCACGUCUGACAAGAAGACCGAUCGGUCAGGCCUUAGCGGGAACACGGAAGGCGUCGGCUUUGCGGAGCAGGUCGGCAGCGCGAGCGCGACGUCGUUCGGGCAGACCGGCGAGGCGCGUCCCGGCGCGGGCGAGGGAAAGGGCGGACGUGAGGAGAGCACUCCCCCCGGAUUGUUCGCAACCCUGAAGAGCAAGCUCGGCUUGAGCACCAGUGCCGAUGAAGUGAAGCAGAACAGGGGCGGUGGUGUUGGCGUCACGGGAACCGGCGCGCUGCCGUUUGAGAAGAAACCACAAGAGGGCCGUCGUCCGUACCACACUUCUGCCGCGCUCUUCGCGGAACCCACGGUUGGCCAGGCGCCCGAGGCGAGCAGGCAGCCGAAGGAGAGGACGAAUGGAGAGCAGAACGCUCACUUGCAGCACAAGUAUGGGGAUGCCCCCGAUAAUGGCAAGGGUAACGCGGCGGCAGACCCGAAGCUGCCCUCGCAUCAAGUUAGCAAGGAUAAGCCUGCUGGCAUUGCUCAGCAGCGUCGGGCGUUCUGUACUUCAUCGCCCCGGCUAGCGGACGAUCAGGAGGCGUCGCACACUGCGGAUUCCUACUUCAAGGAUGUCGACGAAUCACCGCCCUCGUCAGAUCGGACGCACCAGGUCGACAGCACCUCUGUAGGCGAGAAAGUAAUGCGACCCAACGAGCCGCUCACUGGCCAAUACUCUCGCGCUGGCCCGCAGACGAAGGAGUACCAGACGGUCGAUAACGACAGCGGGUACGAUGUGCCCCCUUCCGAAGGUGCGGAGAAAGACCAGAAGUUGCGUUAUGGCAACGUCCCAACGUACAGCGACUCCCACAGUACCGGUAGUCACGCCAGCAAAGCUGACGAGGGCCCGGAAGGUAGUAGCGCAGGCGGUCGCAAGCCAGAGGGCCGCUGA